CGUUCUUCCGGUUUGGUUCAACAGUGAUUUGGAGCUAGUUUCUGGGGUUGAAGCUUCAUUCGCUGUUGCACUUGUUCAAAUCGCUACACACCACAGUCAACAAAGCAAGACAAGCGACCAUGUCCGACGAACCGGCAAACAUUGCCAAGCUGCGGCAGAAGACCGCCGACGUUGUGGAGGAGCUCGGUCUGGCUCACGCACUCCCGUCGCCGUUCAUCGACGCCUGCUACGAGGGCAACUUUUGCGAUUUGCCGUCGCACAUCAGCGCCCCGAUUCUCGAAGAGUCGACAAGCAACGCACUCGCAAUGGUGCGCGCAUUGGAUUCGCUUCUCCUUGCGUGGAAAGCGGCGUUGCCGACACCCGCCCUGAGCACGAGCGGGCCUGCAGGCACCCCGCGGCGUGCAAACACACCCAGCAAGCGGGCGAGCAAGUCUCGCGCAGUUGCGGCCGACGACUCGUCCAGUGAGAGUGAAACGGACGUGUCGGACACUCCAACGCGAUCUCGUCGUUCAAGUGGCAGUCACAGCGCAUCUGCACCAGGUCUGUGGUCUGCGCUCGCCGUCAGCGGCUCGUCACACAAGGCAAUCGUUGCUUUGAUCUUUUACUGCCUCAAUCGGGGCACCUCUCUGAGUCGUUCCAUCGACGACAUGGAGCUGGCCGUCCACGCAGGAAUUGCCUACCUGCACCUGCUGAGCACUCCCGGCGCAGCGUCCUUUGCAGUGUUCCAACCAAUGCUCUUCCGGUCCGUGGUCGAUCUGCUCAAGUGGUGGCCGAAGGACGAGCAGCUGGAGGCCAAGACCGGCGGCAAGCGCAAGCACUCUUCGCAGGUCGUCCCAGCUAGCCAGAGCAAACGUGCACGAACCGCCUCUGCAGAUUCGGACGACAGUGACGACGAAGGUGCAAUUACACGAAUGGCGACGGACGACGCAUUUGACGAGGACGAUGGGGCCGUGCCCAUGUCCCUCGAAGGCACAGAGGGCGAGGCGCUUUUGCGGCAGUUGUUGUGCACCAUCGUGCAAUCCGUGCACUCUGCCGUCAUGAUUACGGCACCGGACGCGCACGCGCAAAUCGCCGAAAUGCUCGUGGUUUUAGCUCGUCACCGCGCUGCCAGCGCUCCUGUUGCGAGCGAUUUUGCGUCCGCUCCGCUGGAGACAGAUUCUGCCGAGCGGCUUGCCUUCAAGGGCCUCUAUGGUCUGUGUGUGAGCGCCAACGGUGCAGCCAGUGCUUCUUCGUUAACGGUUCUCCGCCACUUGCUUCCCAAUGCCUUGAUGAACUAUGCCCUUCCGCUUCCGGCUUCUCUGUCCAAGCUGCUGGCGGGCAUUCACUUGGAUGCGUUUGCGUUCAUUGCCGCUCUGCUCAAGCACAGCUCGGCAACUGCUUCGGCGUUCAGCAAAUCUGCGUACAUUUUUAUCCAACACGCGUGCAACAAGGUGCCCGAUCGUGCAGAGUAUCGCGCUCGCCUGGCGCAGUCUCUUGUUGGGCUGUCUGCUCAUUUCGACGAGGAAAACCAGGCGCACUUCCAAUCGUGGAUGCGCGCCUUGAGCAAAACUGCCAAAACCGGCAAUCGAUUGUUGGCAUUGGACUUUUUCCAAGAGUCCCUCCUCGCCACUCGUGUAAAGUCGAGCUCUGGACUCGAGGCGCUGGCCGUACUCAUGUCGCGCGCAUCAGACAGGACACCCACUGUUCGAGCUCGAGCAUUGGCCGCAAUUGCAUCAGUCACAUCUGCUUCGAUCGAGGGCCGCGCCGGCCAGCACAGCGCGCUGUUUGAGUGCAUGGUUGAGGCCAUUCGCGGCGAGUGCUCCCUGCCCAAGUCGGCGGACAACACGACGAAUGUCACCGCGAUGGACUUGACGGCAGACAUCUCCAUGUCACCUGCGACCAGCGGAAGUGGCAGCCUGCUGUCCGUGCUUCGGCGCCGCACCAAGGAUGAGAAGUCGAAUGUGCGCAAGGCCGCGGUUCAGCUGUUGGAGCAGAUUCUUUGCCUGCCUCUGUCCAACGACGGGACUGUCGGCACGAUCAACCUUAGCGACUUUACAGCUUUGCACGAUCGCUGCCUCGACCCUUCGCUCAGUGUGCGCAAGCAAGCCCUUCAUUCCAUCACCGCCGUCUUGCACAUGCACAUGGAUGACGCGCGCCUCCACAGCAUCUGGUUGGAUGCCGUGCUGCCACUUGUUUUGGACAAAGAGCCGACCGUGCACGACCGUUCCGCCGAGGCUGUAUUUGAGACCUGUAUCCAGCCCUUGCUCGAGAAGAAUCAGCCAUCUCGUCAGAACAACGUCUGGUCGCUCCUUUCCAUGCUGCAUAGCGGCAUCCAGGAUGUCUCUCGGUAUCUACUUCGAAUCGCGCAGCAAUGGGCCAAGACGAACAUGAUUUCUGCAGCCAUUGUUGCUCCUCUGAUGGAGCGCGUCCGCACGGUGCCUGGUGACCAGGGCGCGUGGUCAAUGCUCCUCGCGCUUGGCACUCAAGCUUCCGAGCUCAUCAACCCCGCAUUCGCAUUCACCGCGUGGUCGAACUGGCAAAGCGCGAAAGACACGGAUUCCUCCGCGAGCGCCAUCCACAGCAUGAACUGCGCAUUGCAGCUCCUUGGUCUGACCGUGGCGCGUUUGCCUCAAAAUCAAGCGCAGUCGCUGACUCUGGAGCUGAAGACUGUUUUGACGUCGUUCUGCUCCAGGCCAGAGCUGAUUGCAAUCACCAUGCAAACACUGUCAAAGCUGAUGACACACCAAAAAGACGACAGCAUGCGGCUGCUGUGCCGGGAAAUUAUUGUAUCGUGCGAGCACCGGUUUUCGCAACUGGUUCUUGGUCUGAAGCCUGGUCAAGAGCUCGAUUUGGAGAGCGUCACCCGAUGCGUCUUCACUCUGGGCGAGGCUUGCCAAUAUCACUCGGCGGGGACGCUUGUCAUUUCAAAGCGACUCGAGAUGCUUGUGCACACGCUGACCAUGCCAUUCUUCCAACCUGAAGGCUGCGAUGAAGACGUGGCCAUCCCUGCCAUCCUGCGCGCUCAUGCCAUUGUGACGCUGGGCAAGAUUUGCCUGCGAAACGAGACUAUGGCGAAGGCUUCGAUCGCUGCGAUGGCCCGCGAGCUUGAGACGAGUGACAGCGAAAUUAUUCGCAACAACGUCGUUGUAGUCAUGUGCGAUCUGUGCGUUCGCUACACUGCUUUGGUGGAUCGGUACAUUCCCAACAUUGCGGCAUGCUUGCGCGACCCGUCACCGCUCGUACGACGUCAGACCAUCACGUUGCUCACCCGCUUGCUGCAAGAGGACUUUGUCAAGUGGAAGGGAUCGCUCUUCUUCCGCUUUGUCGUCGCACUCGUCGACAAGGAGCCAACGGUGCGACAAUACGCCGAGUUUUGCUUGUCCAACAUGCUUCUGGUCAAACAUCCCACAAUGUUCUUUUCGCACAUGGUCGAGUGCAUUUUCCACUUUAACGAUUACGUCGGGCACUCGGCGUACAAUGUCUUUGCGCAGUCCGAUCGCGAGCGUGCGCUGUUCAAGCUGACUGGCGACGCAAAUGCAGCAAACCGCCUGACAAUCUACAAGUUCCUGCUGGAGAACAUGUCUGACGACCAACUCUUCCAAAUUACGGCCAAGUUGUCGCAGGAGGUUUUGGGCGGCGUGGUGGACGAUACACUUUCCAUCACCGCCACUGAUGGUGCCGAAGUCCUCAAGGACACGCUUGCCAUCCUCUGCAGCAAGGAGAUCAAGCUGAGCGCCAUUCGCAAGCGCACAACCGCAGGAGAGGAGGACGACGAGGAGGCCUCUGCUGUUCCAGCGGCCAGCUCCGAGGCCACUGCAGCCAUGGCGAAUGCGAUGGCAAACGCCAAAGUCAAGUUAAUUUCUCAGAUUGUCAAGAAGAACAUGAUUGAAAACCUGGUUCCCACGGUGAUUUCCCUCAAGCACAUGCUCGAACAGCAACGCUCGCCGCUGCAACGCAACUUGAUGGCUUUUUUGCGUGAUGUCGUGCGGGACUACAAGGAGGAGGUGGCCGACAUUUUGGCGGCAGACCGUCAGCUCGCUUCUGAAAUUCAGUACGAUUUGCGAAAGUUUGAAGAGGAGGAGCAACAGCAACAGCAAAAACAACAGCAACAGCAACAGCAACAGCAACAGCAACAGCAACAGCAACAACAACAACAUCAGCAGGCAGCGUCGUCCUCCAGCGCGAUGGCCACCAGUGCCGUUUCGCCUGCGGUGGCGCGUCAAAUGGCGGAUAAAACAGGCACUCCUGCCACCGCUCGUCGAUUGCAGCAUGCCGAGCUUCAGCAGUUCCUGGAUUCGCCCAACAUGUCCAUGUUGGCCGAGCCAAGCAAGCGACCCUCGUUGCACAUCCAUGUGGCCUCUCCUCGGUUUGCCAUCCCGAAGCUGCUUCCAAACCAGCGCAUUACAUCCACCCCGCUCCCAGGCGUCAAACUGAUGCCAGCCGCUGCGCGACCGUCCUUCUCCACGCUGAGCGCAGCUGCUCUCCCGCCGCGUUCUCCUGCCUCUGCGCGCCACCCAGGAGCGGAGAAUGCUACAGCGAACGCUGCUAUUCCUGCUGUGGCUUCUGCGACACCGGCCAAGAAGCCUUCGACGCCGUUCGGAUCUAUGACCACGCCUCGCGUUCGAAUGCUGCGAGAAGGGCUGGAUUUGUUGUGCAUGAAGUCGCCUGUCGCCAACCACGUUGAUGACGACGACGAUGACGAUGAUGACGACGACGACGACGGCAAAGCGGAAGCAGAGGACGGAGAGGACUUGUUGGCUUCGCCAGCGGCCAAAGCCAAGUGGAACGUUUCUUCUCCGGCUGCACUCAAUAUUGGCAUGCCGGCGUCAAACAAGCGCGAAGCUUCGUCGCCAACUGGUGCUUCUCCUGCUGCCACGCGCAAGCCGCGUGCUGUAGCGAUCGCCACGGCUCGCUCGCGUAGUCGAUUGACCUUUGACGGCUAACUCGAAGUCGUCGAGAACAAAAAAAAAAAAAAACCAAAAAAAAAAAAAACAAACAAAAUCUGGUUCCACAAUCGCUCGAGUUGCUGCCUUGCGUCAUCUUGCGAUAUUUGGGUUGUCCGUUGUGAAUCAUCCUAGUUGUUGCAUUGUUGCUCGAUUUGCCUGCAUUUUAUUUUUGUGUGUUUUGCUUUGUUAACCGUUGAAGUUUAUCAGUAAAAAAAGGGCUGGAAAAGAACGCAAAAUUGCAACCCAGCUGAGCUGUGAUGUC